GAGCUGGAGCGAGCGUACAACUGAAAUUGUCUGUCUUCUCUGUGAACAGGGUGUUCUGUGCCAGGACCCGAGCUGAUCUACUAUUUGGAACAGUGGUGCUCCAGACAGUGAAGAAAGACCCCCAGAAUACCAGUCUGGGCAGGCACCAAAUAUGGGCAAGUGGGAGAUUCUCAAGGCUUGAGUGAGCACCUACUGGUAUUCUGUUGAGAAGUGGCUCUGGGGUUCACGGAGGUUCAAGAGGAAAACAUGGCACCAUAGGCCCUGCUGUCUGUGAGCCAGUCCUGUCUGUGGGAGCCUCGCUUCAGGAGUUGAUCCAAGGAGGCGCUGGGGAUUUCCAUGGACCAUCAGAGGUGCUGGGACAGAGCAAGACCCUCCCUCAGUGAUGCUCCUGAAGAACUCGAGCCCUGAAUGGGGCGGCUUCGGGUCAGCUGAAGGCAUGUGUGCAGGAAUCUCACAGGAGCUGCUGGAGGUGCUGUCCUUAACUGGAACUCCUGGGAGUCAGGGAAAGAUCCUGUGGUUCAGGAAGAGAAAAAUGUUUUCAAAUGUAAUGAAUGCGGGAAGGUUUUUAACAAAAACACCUUCUCGAUGGACACCAGAGGAUCCAGUUUGGAGUUGAUGUAGGCAGGCAGAUAGGGAAGGCCCCUUCCCAAGGCACGAGCAGUAAAUCUCCUGGGAAGUAGUAGCCCUGACCUCAUGGAGAACUGGUGCCUGUUUGUAACAGAUCCUGAGGAGGCUAAACCAACCCCCUCCAACAGAAGCUCCUACAGAAACAAAAGGAAAGAAAUUUCAAAGACCAUCACCACUCCCACCCCACCCCACCCCCCGUAACCACCCUAGCAAUGGACGUUUACCUAGGUAGAAGCCUCACAUGAGAGCAGGUUGGAGAAGCCAUAUGAAGGCCACCUUGAACAAAGGAAGUGCGCACAUAUGUUACCUGAGUCCAUGUGCUGCCUGCGCCCAUGUGGCCGAGCACAUGUGGUGCCUGAGCACGUGUCACCCGGAUCUCCCCUCUUGAGAUGUCUACUUUCAUAUUUUCAUAUCUAAUGCUGGGAUCUGUGUAGGGGCUCUUUCCGCCGUUGGAAGAAUCCCAGGCUGUCUCUCUCUCUUGAGCAGGUUAUUCUCCACUCUCUCCCACUUUUUCUUCCUCCUUCCCUUCAAAACCUCCAAAUAAAAACUGUAUAAUUUCACUGCUCGUCUACUCCUGAAGUUCCUUUCUCUGAGGCAAGACAAGAAACCAAUAACACUGGGUCCCUGGUGACAGAGGCGGAUAGGGACAAAGUGACUGUCUUUCUCCUCCCCACUCCACAUAAGUCACCCAUGGGGCCCACCAACAUCAGAGUGAAACCCUAUGAGUGCACAGUGUGUGGGAAAACGUUUAUUAAGAGCACACACCUCCUUUGAGUACACAUGGUCCACACAGGGGAGAGGCCCUAUGAGAGCAUGGAGUGUGGGAAAGCAUUCAACCGCAGGUCUACCUGCACAGCACCAGCGCAUCCACAGUGGAGAGAGCCUUACAAGUGCAUCGAUUGUGGAAAGGCCUUCACCUAUCGCUCUAAUUACGUCUGACAUAACAAAAAACAAACUGGAGAAAAACCCUUUGCGAAGAGUGUGGAAAAGCCUUUCGAGAUAGGCUAGGUUUUAUUCACUACUAUAUCAUCCACAGUGGUGAGGAUCCCUAUGAAUGCUUUGAGUGUGGCAAGGUCAUACUCUUUCAGCACAGGCCAUACUUGUGUGGCAUCCAGUCACACUGUGGAGAAGCCUUAUGAGUGCAGUGGAAGUGGGAAAGCCUUCAGUGAGAGCGCAGUCCUCAUUCACCACUAUGUCAUCCACACCGGGGAGAAGCCCUUUGUCUCGAGUGUGGGAAAGCCUUCAACCACAGGUCGUACCUCAGGAGACACCAGCGCAUACACACCGGGGAGAAGCCCUAUGUGUGCACCGACUGUGGAAGGGCCUUCACCCACUGCUCCACUUUCAUCUUUUUUUUUUUUUUUUUUUGCUUUUUGGGUCACACCUGGCAAUGCACAGGGGUUACUCCUGGCUCUGCACUCAGGAACCACCCCUGGCUGUGCUCAGGGGACCAUAUGGGAUGCUGGGAUUUGAACCCGGGUCGGCUGCGUGCAAGGCAAACGCCCUACCCGCUGUGCUAUCGCUCCAGCCCCUCCACUUUCAUCUUGCAUAAGAGGGCACACACAGGGGAAAAGCCAUUUGAGUGCAAAGAAUGCAGGAAAGCCUUUAGUAAUCGAGCAGACCUGAUCCGGCACUUCAGCAUCCACACAGGGGAGAAGCCUUUUGAGUGCCUGGAGUGUGGGAAAGCCUUCAACCGCAGGUCAGGCCUCACGAGGCACCAGCGCGUCCACAGUGGAGAGAAGCCCUAUGAGUGUGGGGAGUGUGGGAAAUCCUUCUGCUGGAGCACGAACCUGAUCCGCCACUCGGUCAUCCACACGGGAGAGAAGCCCUAUGAGUGUAGCGAGUGUGGAAAGGCCUUCAGCCGGAGCUCUUCCCUCACACAGCAUCAGAGGAUUCACACUGGGAGAAACCCCACUGGUGUGGCAGGUGUGGGAGGGCCUGACACGAUCUCAGAUGACUUUCAGGAACUCCUGCCCAGGAAAAACCUUUUGAAUAUAACUACUGAGGAAAAUCUUUUGCCAGGGAACACAUCUAUUAUAACACCCAUACAUAUAUACCAGAGAGAAACUCCACAAAGGUCUUUGCUGAGAGAUUCCAGCACACAUCAGUAGUGAUGGAGAUGCAUUUUAAAGACAGACUUGCCCUAGAAGCCUUACUCUACAGCUGAGAAUUCCUUCAGGAGGGUGAGACCCGUGUUGAUGUGCCCAAAAGAAAAUCUUCACUCCACUUCUCUCUUUUGUUUACACUACAGAGUAGUAAAAAGUGGUCUCAGGAAUUUUUAUUUUUAAAAAAGUGGGGACUUCGAGAAAUUAAAAGUGAAAAAUUUGUUUGAGAUUUUGCUUUGAAGCUCUGCACUUCAUCAUGAAUUUCUUUGUUUACUUGUGUAGGGGGAUGUUUCAGAGGCAAGGGUCGUGUCCCUUGCGUUGCUGCGUGUCUUGCAUUGCUGGUGAGUGUUGGUGUCAGGGGCAGGUAUUUUGAGGUGAUAAGGAUACUUGUGAAUGGGCAUUACUUACCGAUUAAGAAUUCUCAAGGUUUUAAGACCAGAGAGAGAACUCAGUGACUGAGACUAUGCAGGAGGCCUGGGUUUGAUCUUUGGGACCAUGAGGUUCCCCAGUACUACCAGGAGUGAUCCCCAUGCUAGCAGGGAGUAGCCCCUGAGAAAAACAAGUGCUUAAGGCUUAAAAGAAAAUUUCAUGUGGUUUUAAAGAUUUGACACUCAAAACUCUCAAUCCCAGUCUGUUAUUUAAUUUAUGUAUUUCUAUUCCACACCUGAAACUGGAUAAUAAUCUUUCUUUUCCUGUUUAAAUUGAUGUAAAUUUUGUAUUUCCUUAAAUGUUUCAUGUAAACCUUCAGUUGUGAGACUUUUGUUGUUUGUUUUUUUGAGGGCCACACUGAUUGGUGCUCGGGAAGGGGAUGCUAUUCGUGGCUCAGUACUGGAUAGUCACAGUAGUGCUGGUAGACCUGUAGGGUGCCAGGGAUUGAACCCAGGGAUUUGCACUUGUAAACCACAUCCCUGACUCCUUUUUCUCUCUUUGGUAUGUGUCAGGUGAAGAAAAUCAAGGCCAAGCCUUGCACCAGGUCAGUCUUUUGAUGAGUGGCAUCAGGGACAUAACACAUAGUAUGCCACUUCAUGUACUUAAGUACACACUUCAAUACGUCUGUAUGAUUUUCAGAGUACAGGCUCUACAUUUUUGCUAGAAUUAUAUCCAGAUUUGUGAGUUAUUUUUUGAGGGAUUCUAAAUGGCGUGGGUUUUUUCUUUUGUUCUGAUUGGGCCAUAUCCAGCAGUGCUUAGGAACUGCUCUCAGCUGUGUGUAUGGAUGGUAUUCGGGCCAAGCUGUCCUGGGCAUUGAACCUUUGUAUACAAAGCAUGCAUUCCGACCAGCCCUUUGAACUAUCUCCCUUUCCUAGUUGUAGGUUUGAAGGGUUUUGCUGUUGUUGUUGUUUGUCACCAGUUUUCUUACCUUAGAAAGUUUUCCUGUAGGAUUAUGCCUGCCAGAGAGGCAGGAGAAGGGAAGGAGUGAGGGUAGAAGGAGGGAUACUGGAAACAUUGGGGAUGGAGAAUGGGCACUGGUGGGGGGAUGAGUAUUGAACAUUGUUUGAAACACAAUCAUGAAAGUCUGUAAGAGUGUAAAUGUAUCUCACGAUGAUUCAUUGAAAUAAUAAAAAAGAAAGUUUCUCUCUAAAUUUGUUGAGAUUUGAUUUUGCUACCAAAAUGAGUUUUGUUAAAGUUCUUUAUAAUUUAAUAUGAUCAUUUUAUCUAUUGUCAUUUGAUAUGAUCAUAUGAUUUUGCUUUUUUUUGGGGGGGGUCACACCC